CUCCUUGCCAAGCAUCAAAGUCUUCUCUGUUUCCCAAGUCCUCUGAAUUCUUUCUUGUUCAAAUUUUCCAAUUGAGAAUAUAAAAACCAUGGGAUUACGAUUGCCAGGAAUUGUUAACUCCAAGAAGGGUCUAAACAAGGCUGCUACUUCAAAGACCGUAGACAUCCCAAAAGGCUACUUUGCAGUGUAUGUUGGGGGGAGCCAGAAGAAGCGAUUUGUGGUUCCAAUAUCAUACUUGAAUGAGCCUUUGUUCUUGGAUUUGCUAAGUCAAGCAGAAGAAGAAUUUGGAUAUGAUCAUCCAAGGGGUGGUAUCACAAUCCCCUGCAGUGAUGAAACCUUCAUUCAUCUCACUUCCAGCUUAAGUGUAUGAAUGAACGCAAAUGAAGUGAAUCUGGUUCAUAUCCAAAUCAGCCUCAGUUUGAUCAGAAGAACUCGCCGUGUCAAGAUGAAGUAGAGGCUGUGAUUGAUCAUAUGCACAUUUUUCUGU